ACCAGCAUUCUUUCAGGACACCUGAAAGGGGCGAGGAUCCAAGUUUAUACCAAGGUUAUACCAAGGUAAAAGCGAAAGGCCCAGCUUAUACCAAGGUCUUCAUCACUCCCCGACGCACCAAGAAACACACAGAGAGACUAGGAUUUCUUCAACUUCGAAGGGUCGGUAACAGGGAUGAAAGCAAAAGAGCUGAUGCAGAAUGUUGAAAGUGAAGAAGUUAAUAUUUAUCCGAAACAACACGUGAUUGCCCCUGAAAAGAAAGAUGAAUUUGGGGGUUUAGGUGGAGAGAAGCAAGGAGAGAAUCAUGAAGGUGAAGGGAAAUCUGAUCUGGGACUAGUAGAAAAAGUCACUGCCUUGGAAAAGAAAAAUGAAUUUGUGGAUUUAGUUGGAGAGCAGCAAGAACAUAAUUGGGGGCCUGAAGUGAAAUCUGAUCUGGGACAAGUAAAAAAAAUCAAUGCCUCUGAUAAAAAAGUGGAAUCUGUGGAUUUAGUUGGAGAGCAGCAGGAACAGAAUCAUGAAAGUGAAGUGAAAUCUUAUCUGGAACAAGUAGAAACCAUCAGUGCCUCUGAGAAAAAAGUGCAAUAUGUGGGUUUAGUUGCACAGCAGCAUGAACAGAACUGUGAAGGUGAAGUGAAAUCUGAGUUGGAACAAGCAAGAAUUGGCUUUGCAAAGAAAGGUGAACUUGAGGCUUUAGAUGAUGAGCACCUAAAUCAGAAUCGUGAAAGAGAUGAAGAGGUGUUCUAUCUGAGACAAGUAAGUAGCUUGAUUGCUGAUGACAACAAAGAUGAACUUGUGGGUUUGCUCAAAGAGAAGCUAGAAAGGAAUGUUUCUGGGAUCUCUUCUCUUAAACUGGAGAGUUUGUUGACCAUGGUUUGUCAAUGCAGAGCAAAGAGUUGUGCUACUGCUCUUGUUGCAGGAGAGGCUGGACUAAAAUUAGAUCUCCAUGCCAAACUGAGUAGUGGAGAAUACCCAUUGCAUGUUGCUGCUCAUAAUCUGUCAUUUGAACUAGUAAACUUGUUUCUCCAACUAGGAGCACAGACAAAUGUAGUUGGUAGCAGCGGGAAGCUCCCAUUGCACAUGGCAGUUGAGGCAAUAAGCCGUCAUGACUUUCUUGCCGAUUGGAUCCCCAAAAAGUCCAUCCAUAAAUUAAUUUAUUUGCUUUGUUUACCAGAUCUGCACAAACCGCUGGAGGUCGUGAAGUUGCUUGCACAGAGUUCUGGAGAGGUUCAAUCAGUAGCCAAGCACUGUGUUGAAGAUGGGAAUCUUGUUCAGAUUGCUACAUUGCUGAUGGGGGCCAGGGAAAAGCUUCUGGAACCCGUUCCAGGCUAUGAAACUGAAGGUCCCAUCCUCGGGCUGUACAUUGCAAAGAAGUUGAGAUCAUUAACUUAUGAGGAGUUCAGACUGAUUGCAUAUGGUAAACGUGAAGAGAUUAGGCCUUUCAGGAGCAAGAAGAUGCACUUCUGUCUGCAGUAUCAUUGCUUCAAGUUUUUGAGUCGGCUGGUGGUGCCAUUCAGGACUACUGUCAUAGCAAUACUAGGAGUUCACUAAAUAAUAAAGUGGCAAAGGAUAUUCAUUGCUUGUUGUGGAAAUUUGGAUUUCUUGGGUCUGGGGAGCACAUAAACAGGUAAGCCUGUUCUUAGUUUUGUUUCAUAGUCUGUGUCAUUUCAUCACUCACAAUGGAAUUGUUUAGCGUUUCACUAAUUUCAGUUAUUGCUUCUCUUUUGCUUUUCAUCUUUCCCCUUUGCUAAAUUUUUAUGCUUUGGAAUGUGAUGAUACCCCGCUGUUGGGUGAGCAAGUUGUCUUUCAAAUUUGGGUAAGUUGGAGAAAGCAAAGCUCAUUCAAUCUGUUAAUCUGACGAGGAGCUUACCUGAGCUUGUACGGGGAAGUAGGAAGGCUGGAUCUCAGCUUACUCCACGGGUUUAUAGUCCCCUGAACCAGUCAUUCCAUUCUUGUACUUGGGCAAAUACUGCCAAAGGUGUCAAGCUUGUUUCACCAGUCCGAACUCAAGCGGAUGGAAUCAUCAAUCAGGCAAUGAAACCACUGAUGCGGAAGUUUACAACAGCAGCACAAAUGUCUGUCAUGGGUUUGAGCAUGAGGAGGAGGAUUCGAUACUGAGAAUGUUCCUGCGGUUAGGUUAGGUGGGUUAGGACUUUGGAUUGUUAGUUGUUACCCCCAUAUUGAGCUGGUAGAAUUGAUGUAUAUCUAGAUAUUGCCUCCUCCUCUACUAUGUAAUGCAUGUCGUUGUUUUGCCAAAAAGUCUGCCCUAAGAGACUUUUGGCAAAUAUUUGUGUGUUGCAACAAUCCAGCGUGGAUGGAAAGCUGCGAGGCUUCUAAUGAUUCACUGUUCCAACUAAAAUGUCUUUGACAUGUGUAGCCUAAGACCUUAACGUGCUCUGGGAUUUUCUGUUUGUAUAUUUCUUCAAUUUGAAGGUGUUGGUGCAACUAGCCCUGGCAUUGGCUGGCUAGUGUGCUACUUAUUUCUGU